AAGAUGUAAAAUUAUACCUAUACAAAAUUAGAGGUAAAAAGUGGUGUUAAUUAUAUUCACUCCUUUUGUUGUUAGUCACCAAAUUCAUCAUUAACACGGAAGUGUGUGAUCUGACUGGCAGCUAACAAGCAAUAGGCUAAUAAUCGGAUCUGAGAUAACUCGCACAAAAUCUAAUGAAACAAACGAAACCUUUAUAUUUAUGCAUUAUGGAUGAAUUUCCCAGUAUAUUAUGGCAUAGCAAAUGCGCAGGCGCAGCAAAGUUUGGGGGCGGGGCAGCGCGAAUAGGUUUUAGGCGCUCAAAUAGAUUGAUUGAUUGAUUGAUAACAAAAUUAUAAUUAUGUUUUUAAAUACUGUAAUUGUUUGCUGCAUUUUUCUGCAACUUCUGCUGCAAGGUUUUUCGUAAAGAAUUGUGAUAUCAGCCCUGGGCUCUGCACAUAGAUUAACACAGCCCCAGCUGAGGGUCAUUUAAUACACCUGAGAAUCAGAUAUUAGAGAAAAUAAAUGAUAUAGUCUUUGUUGGCCCCUGUCUGCCCCCUUAGAACCUUUGCCCUGAAUACUACAGCUGCUCAAAUGCCUCUAUAGAUUAAAAGAAAUGAAAACUAACAAAUUAGCAAAACCAGUAUGCCUAUAUAGUGAUCUGAUCUUGCACUGCUGGAAAUCCUGGACACAGUAGAAGGCAAUUAUUGCAAAUGCGUGUGUUAAUAGACACUGGGGAACCUUCUGUUCCUGAGUACAUCUCUAAUCUGAAGCAAGCUCUGUGUCAGAGCGAGUCGUCCAUCCAGGAGAUCCUUGUCACACACUGGCACCAUGACCACACAGGAGGAGUACCUGACAUCCUUACAACCAUACACUCAGAUUUGCAGGUGAGUAAGCUCCCUCGUUCUCCCCCACAGACAGAGGCAAUUGGGGAUGGGAAGAGGAAAUAUACAUACCUUAAGGACGGUGAUGUUAUCAAGACUGAGGGAGCCACAUUACGGGUGCUGUUCACCCCAGGCCAUACUGAUGACCACAUGGCUCUGUAUCUGGAGGAGGAGGGAGCGGUGUUCUCAGGAGACUGUAUUCUGGGGGAAGGGACAGCUGUGUUUGAGGACCUACAUGAUUACAUGCGCUCACUGCAGUUACUGCUUGACAUCAAUGCAGACAUCAUCUACCCAGGUCAUGGUCCUGUGGUGUUAAGUGCGUGCAAUAAGAUUCGGGAGUACAUCACCCAUCGCUCCGCCCGGGAGCAACAGAUUCUGUCUGUACUGAGAGAUAACCCUGGGGAUGCCUUCAGUUCCUCUGCCCUGGUUAAACUGGUGUACAAGGAUACCCCUGAACACUUACACAGAGCUGCAGAAAUCAACCUGGUUCAUCACUUAAAAAAACUACAGAAGGAGGGAACAGUCUGCUUGGUUGGAGAUUCAGGAAAGUGGAAGAGCAAAUUGUGACUACCACCAUAACAAACAUUCACAAUAAAAAAAUUAAUUCUUCCAUAAACUACACUUAAUCAGGUUAGACUGUUUAAUUGUACUGAGUCAAAUAUUUGUUUGUGUAUAUCUCUCCCUCUGUGCUCUUUUUUCCCCCUUCUCUCAGUGAUUAUUGAAAAAGCAUGCAUUAAAAGUACCAUAUACCACAAAUGCAUCAUUACAUUAUAUAUCUAUUUCAUAGAGUUGCGGUGAAUAUCUGAUAAAUUUGAUGAUUAAAAUUGUAAAAUAAUUUGAAUUAUCAGCACUUUAAUAUUAAACUUCUAACUUUAAUAGACCUA